GUCUACGGUGAGCGAGGAGCAUCAACAUGGAAUUAACACGUCUGGUUUUCUUUCUGCUUCUUCCUUGCUUGGCUGACCUGAGACUGCCCUGUGACCUGGAAGGAGCUGCCAAAUGCCCAUUGCAGAAUAAUACUGAGAGCAAGGAUCAGCUCUGCCAGCAGCUUCGGGACUAUGUGACAUGUGUAGAGCACCACAUCGAAGGCUGCACCAAGAAUCAGUCCCACAGCUACACCGAGGCAAUAGAACACCUGAAGACUGGCUACCAGGGCGGUUCCUUCAACUGCCACUUUGAUCACCCAGGUGGUAGCCUGGUCAUACAAGGCCCUCCUCACGAUGUUGUGGGGUUUCUCAACACUACAGUGCAGGUGUAUUGUAAUGUUAUACGUCGUGUUGAGAGUCAGGACUCCACCAACACCGGCGUGUUCACACUUUUCUGGCAGUUCAGGCCCUGGAACGCCUCAACAUUCAAAGACAUCCUCACCAUUACUGGACUCUAUUACUAUUCAUGGAAUGUGGCCUCCGCAGACUGGGCCAAGUACAACAUCACUCAAGGGAAGCAACUAUCCAUUCAUAACCUUAACUACACUGACGCUGGGACGUAUAGGUGUGGGCUGAGUGAGACCAAGGAGAUGGCUGAGGCAGAAGUGUUUGUCUUAGGAAAUGCCCGAUGUGAGAAUGAACGUCCAGUAAUAGAGUUACUGAAUGCCAGUCACCCUCCCAACUCGCUGUACUCAUGUGACGUGAACUUUGCAGGCAGUGCAGCACCUAACCUGACCUGGUACUACCGUUCAGACCAGCUGAUUGAGAAGGAGGAGACUGUGACUAAUGGACUGGCCUCCUCACUCCUCUCCUUCCCUGUCACGCCCAUGGACCGUGGCAAGAACUACCGCUGUCACCUCAGCUAUGACGCUGCCAAGUGGGUGCACAUCUGUCAACCCUCCCCACCCCUCAACAUCAAAUUUCCUGUGCAGGUGACCUCUCUGGUAGUGAACCCGUACACCAAGUCCAACUUUUUCCACAAGGGUGAGAAGAUAACUCUGUACUGCGGUGCUACUGGUGACCCCGCUCCUCACUUUGAGUGGAAGUUCCGUGCGGUGAACUCCACAGGCUUCCGCAUUCUCUCUCACUACCAUCACCACCUGAUUGCCUCUCUGGAGGAGAAGAGUGCCGGGGUGUACCAGUGUAUGGUCUACAACAAGAUACAGGGACACAGCUUCCAGGACGCCAAGGUGGUUGACAUCCGGCUGUCAGAGAGUGAGAGUGCAGACAGGCAUGUGAUGCCUAACCCUGGUGGCAGUCGGACCUUGUCGCAAAGCUCCUUGUCCCCUUACGCCAUCGGGGCCAUGGUCAGCGCUGCUCUGGCUAUUGUCCUGAUCUUUGUCUUCAUCUUCUUAGCUGUCAAACUUAAGAAGCGCGAGCGGAGAAUGCGAGAGAAGUUAGCCAGGGCUCAUGAUGAAACAUUGGAUGAUCAAGAAGUGGAACUUUUGGAUGAGAACAUACAGCCGUGUAGGGAUGACAUGCCAUUACAGUAUGGGAACCUGAGACAGAACUGGGAGGUGUUGAGGAAUGAUGUUCGCCUGGUGGACAUGGUUGGGAAGGGAUCAUUCACGGAGGUGUAUAAGGGCAGGAUGAGGAGGCACCCAGGCGAGGAGGGCACCAUGAAAGUUGCCAUCAAGAAACCAGCAGUGGAGGCCACAGAUAAAGAGAAGAAGUUUUUUUCAGCAGAGCUGGAAGUAAUGAAAAUGUUGCAGUCCCACCCAAACAUUGUACACUUGAUGGGCUGCUACACCAAGUCAGAGCCUCACCUGAUGAUUCUGGAGUAUGCUGCGGAGGACACUCUGCUCAACUACCUGCAGCUCCACCGGCCUGGCAAGCGUGAGGUGUCUGUGACCAUCAGUGAUAAUGACAGCCAGGCAGUCCGCCUCCACACAAAAGGUCUGACACCUCAGAAGAUGGUACACCUGGCUGCACAGAUCAUUCAUGGACUGGAACAUCUCACCAAAUUCAAACUUGUGAGUUAUCGCCUAAGAGCUGCUGGAAUCCUGGUGGUAAGAGGGGGCAUCUGUAAACUCUCCGGCUUUGGUUUCCCUCAGGACAUCCUGGAGAGGAAUGUCUACGAAGCUGCCUCUGCUCCAAUCCGCUGGAUGUCACCAGAGUCUCUGUCACAGCAUGUGUUUGACACCAGAACUGACAUAUGGGCAUUUGGUGUGGUACUCUGGGAAAUCUUACAUUUUGGAAUGACACCUUACCCCAACAUGGGCCCCCAUGAAGUGGCAGAGAAAGUACAGGCUGGCUAUCGUAUGCCUCAACCUGUGCACAUCAGUAAUGACAUAUACAAGCUGAUGAGCGCAUGCUGGACCGUCAGCCCUGACCAGCCUCCAAAUCAUGAGUGCAUCCUACAGCUACUGGAGCAGUUUGCCACCUGUAGCAGCUGUCACAUACGCCUGGAGAAGAUGCCCGACUACCUGAAGUGGAUGGCCCCAAUACAGGAAGAAAGCAGCCUGGACAUGAAUGGGGAGGCCAAGUGCUGAGAGGUGGCCAGGUAUCAGGAACACAGAUCUGAUCAGCUAGGAUUCUCAUCUGCAACUUGAAGUGUUGUGUAACCCCCUUCUACAUACAUGUUGUAGUAUGGCCCAUUUCCAGUAACUCAUAAACAGGGCUGUCAUAGAUCAAAGAUAUACUUUGCUCAUUUCAUAAGGAUUUGUCAGCUGUUAUUCUGAAGUUAUCGGUGGUAUUGUGUAUCGUUGUGCUGUGGUUUUACCACCGAGGAAUAAUGAAGAUUAAAAAGCUAAAGGGGUUCGUACACAUGUACAUUGUAUGCUACAUUAACACCAUUGCAUUACACAUUGUCCCAUGUGUGGUGCUGCCCUGCAUACUGGGAAAUGACCUGAAUAUGAUUCUUCUCUACUGUGGUAGAGGGUGAGUGUAUUUUGAUGAUGUUUGAUAUGAUGAUGAUUUUGAUAGUUUGGUUAUGGUUUGUUUGUGGUUUGCUUUUGGCGAGUUCUACUGUACUAAUUGAAGAAAGUUUUGGUUUGAAGGUCACAUAUGAAAGUUUAUGGAAUGAUAGAAGCCCACUCUUGGUGUGCUUGUGUAAAGUUAGUCCUCCGCCACUAAGUAAAUGUACAUUAAGCUUUGCUGGCAUUGUUGGUUUGAAGGUGUCAUUAAUUCACAACAUACAUGUAUGUGUACAUAAAAUAACACCUGAAAAGCUCACCGCUUUAUCAUAGUGUACAUAUUGCCUGGUUAGUGUACAUAGAAGUUGCUUGUACAUGUAUGGUUGUGUAAGCUUGUUAAAGUGCUGAUAAAAUGUGCCACUGGAUUAAUUUACAGGUGUAAUAGGCUGUUACAUGUAAGUGUAGGCUAAUGAUUUAAUGAGUGCCAGCAUCAAAACUUGUCAUCAAAUGUGAAAUUUAAAUGAAUGAAUGGGGCCAAGUUUAAGAGAAGUGCUUACUUUGAAGGAUCGUAGAGUUUUGGGGCAUUACUCAUUCUGUGUAUAGCUGAUAGUAACAAAAAUCACUAAACUGCUGAGUUGGUUCAGUUUUAUGGCAUAAGCAUUGUAAAUGAUCUUGUCAUGUUUUCUGAGUUCAUUGCAUUGUGUUUUGUGUGAGUGUUUAGUCUGCAGUCUUAUGAUUACAACUAGUGAACAAGUCUUCAGUCACCCUUGAAAUCAAAGAAAAGAGGUAAUUUUUUUAAAAAUCAUGUUAUAUAUUCUCUCAAAAAUAAAACUUAGUAAAAGUAUUCUUUUGAAUUUAACAUAUAAAUUGAUCUUUGUUGAAACUUUUAACAUUGAAUAUUGUUUAACAUGUAUGAACAUCGGCUUCUUUAGGAAUGUGUAAAGGUCACAAAAUGUUUUGGAGUUGACACCAAAAAUCCACAUGUCACCUGCAUUUAUGAUUGUCUCCAGUGCUUUAUAUAGGCAUUGUCAGAUUUCUCACCAGUGACAAUAUCUUGAUCUUGUGAGUGAAUGGACCACAUCUUGGACCCCAAUACAUUGAGUCUCUGCCUCUCUUCUGUGUUUUUUGCAUUUGUAUUUGAUAGCUAUUGAUACUGUGUAAAUCUGCAUUUGAUUUGUUUUAAUAGUAUGUACAGGUAACAAAACAAGAAUAAAUGUACUACAUGUGUACAUUUAUCCUACUGACAUGUUAUCUUUGUUUUUAUACACCUACACAAUGGUGUACUUUUAUCUGUAAUGUCUACUCAUUGAGGUCUACUAUGUCUGUAGUGUCUACAUAAUGAUAUGCCAGAUCUCUGCAGUGUGUACACAAAGUUGCCUCCUGUGUCUGUAAUGUGUGCACAAUGACAUAUCAUUCAUCUGUAAUGUCUAUUCAGUGAUGUCUACUAUGUGGGUAGUGUCUACAUAAUGAUAUGCCAGAUGUCUGCACUUUGUACACGAAGCUGCCUCCUGUGUCUGUAAUGUGUGCACAAUGACAUAUCAGGCAUCUGUAAUGUGUGCACAAUGGCAUAUCAUUCAUAUUUAAUGUCUACUCAGUGAUGUCUACUAUGUCUGUAGUGUCUACAUAAUGAUAUGCCAGAUGUCUGCACUUUGUACACAAAGUUGCCUUCUGUGUCUGUAAUGUGUGCGUAAUGACAUAUCAGGUAUCUGUAAUGUGUACACAGUGGCAUAUCAUUCAUUUGUAAUAUCUACAAAAUAUCUUACAUAUACAUGUCUGUAAUGUCUAUACAAUAAUUUAUCAUAUUUCUGUAAUGUCUACACAAUAUGUUGCUUGUCUCAAAUGUCUACACAGUGAUGUCUCUUGUAUUUGUAAUGACUCCAGAAACUGUUAGAAGUUAAGCACUGUGUUAUGCAUUGCAGCUCCAGUGAGGCGCAUUUCAGCUCCAGCGAGGCAUAUUUGUAUGAAGUAAUAAGUCAAAUGCAAUAUAAGGGUUUUUAAUACACAUGUAGAGAAAUACAACAAACUGCACCAAGCAUGUGGAACAAUAAAUUCAUGCUGAUUGCGCACAGUUUGUAAUUAGUGUGUCUUCAGCAGCAUUACGGCUUCAGUUUUCAUGCAGCCAGUUUUUUGGAAGAUAUUAAGAAAAAUGAUCAUGAAGAAAUAUACCCCGGCUCAGUCGGUAUUGUGUAUUAUGUUAAUGUUCAUUACAUGGAACCUUCAUCUCAGCAGUCAUGACAGCUGGCUUAUGUAUAGAGCAUUGUUAUUUGCAUAAUUGUUGAUUAUACAUAUGUAAAUGUUAAUUUUUUAAGCUACAGUGACAGUUUGGAGGCAGCAGGCUUGACAGAGACUAGCAUAAUUAAGCCCUCUUGUUUUAGUUGUAACAAUUGCAUAAUAUGAUCAUUCCUUGAUAUUUAAUUAAUCUCUUUCUUUCGCAAAAGAUUUCUGUAAGGAAAAGUACAGUGUUAUUACGUAAUAUGUAAUAGUGUAACUCUGAACCGCAAAGCAAUGACUCACUCUCCUGAUGAUGGCAAAGUGACACGUCUGAACAUUGA